AUGGCUGCUGAUGACAAGGUCGACGUGAUUUCCAAGAAGGAGACGAAGGAGAAGGAUAAGAAGAAAGAGAAGAAGGAGAAGUCAGAUAAGAAAGACAAGAAAGACAAGAAAGAAAAGGACAAGGACAAGAAGCGCAGCGACACUGAAGGCGUCCACAAGGACAAGAAAGACAAGAAGAAAGAUAAAAAGGACAAGGAGAAGCUUGCGCGUGCCCUCGAGGCUCAUCUUGCCGCAAAGAAGAACGAGGAAACAGCCCUUGUUCACAAGACCGAUAGCGAUGAUGAGAGUGAGGAGACCGUCCAGAUUGCCGGCAAUCUUGUUCCCUUCGCUCUUCCUCUUGCCGACGCCAAGACCCACAAGAAGAUUUACAAGCUCAUCAAGAAGGGUGCCAAGUUGAAGGCCAUCAGCCGCGGUGUCAAGGAGUGCGAGAAGACGAUCAAGAAGUGCCCCCCGAAGCCGGUCAGCGCGGGCCAAACGGAGGCUCCUGGUGUCGUCGUCAUUGCCGGUGACAUCUCGCCGAUUGAUGUCAUCACCCACUUCCCGAUUCUUUGCGAGGAACACGGCGUCCCCUACGUCUUUGUCAAGUCGCGUGCCGAGCUCGGCAUGGCCGCAUGCACCAAGCGUGCCACCUCGGUCGUCAUGCUUAAGACCGAGUGCAAGAAGUUAGCCAGUGACAACAAGACCGACAAGAAGCCUGAGGAGGAUGCUGAGGACCUCAAGGCUACCCAGGCCGAGUACCUCGACGGUUUGAAAGAGCUGGUGAAGAUUGCGCAGAAGGAGUGGGAGGUGCAGGUGCAGCCGUGGGUUAAGGGCAUCCACCCGCUGCAGAUCGAGGAGAAGCAGAAGCAGUCGGGCAUGUCCUAG